ACGAAUCACUGUACGUAUCCCGCACAUCAUUGGGCAAAAUCCAUGGCCGUCCCGGUUCAAAAGUUACCACCGCCGGUCCGGCGAGCCCGACCCGGGCCCCGCUGCCGCGCCGCUCCGCACGGAGACCAAGCGCCCACCAUUCUCCAAAAACACGCAGCCCCCUCCGCGCUACCGUUCCAACUCCACACUUCUCCUCCUCUCCUCUCCUCUCUUCUCCCCGCCUCGGAUCCCCUUUCCUUUCCUCCCGCCCUCGGCCGCGGCGCGCGACGCCUCCGCCCGGCCCGUCCCCCGGAUGGGGUACCUCUCCUGCCGGGCGGACUCGUCCGCGGCGACGUGCCGCUCCAUCACGGCCAUCUCGCCGCUCCCCAUCUCGCGCCGCUCACGGCCCCCCGCCGCCGCAGGGCUGCCGCCCGCCGCCCCGCCGGAGAUCGAACGCUUCGCGUACGACGACCUGGAGGCCGCCACGUCCCGCUUCGCCGACGCCGCGCUGCUCGGCCGGGGCAGCCACGGGGCCGUCUACAAGGCCGUGCUCCCCUCGGGCCGCGCCGUCGCCGUCAAGCGGCCCUCCCCGCGCCGCGCCGAGGUGGACAACGAGAUCCGCAUCCUCUCCUCCGUGCGCGGCCCGCGCCUCGUCAACCUCCUCGGCUACUCCGACCCCGGCCCGGGCCCCGACCCGCUGCGCCGCCCGCGCCUGCUCGUCGUCGAGUACAUGCCCAACGGCACGCUCUACGACCUGCUCCACUCCAACCCGCGCCCGCCCGGCUGGCCCCGCCGCGUCCGCCUCGCGCUGCAGACCGCCAGGGCGCUCCGCGCGCUCCAUGACGCCGAGCCCGCCGUCAUCCACCGCGACGUCAAGUCCGCCAACGUCCUGCUCGACGCCCACCUCGACGCGCACCUCGGCGACUUCGGCCUCGCCCUCCGCGUCCCCAAGCGGGACGGCGGCCCCGGCAAUGCCGCCACGCCGGCGCCCGCGGGCACGCUCGGCUACCUCGACCCGGCCUACGUCACCCCGGAGAGCCUCAGCACCAAGACCGACGUCUUCAGCUUCGGGAUCCUGCUGCUGGAGAUCAUGAGCGGACGCAAGGCCAUCGACGUUCAGUACUCGCCGCCCUCCGUCGUCGAGUGGGCGGUGCCCCUGCUACGCAAGGGGAAGGUCGUCGCGCUGUUUGACCCACGGGUGGCGCCGCCCCGCGACCCAGUCACUCGGAGGGACCUGGCUUCGCUGGCGGCGAGCUGUGUGCGGUCCUGCCGGGAGCGACGGCCUUCAAUGGCUGACAUUGUUGAGCGGCUCGCCGUCAUCAGCAAGGCGGUGUCUGCCAAGGUGUGGAACGGGAUGGCGGUGGUAGGGAACCCUUGCGCCAUUGUUGAUGUUCAGAAGACCAUCUCGAAGCGAGCUGCUGCAUCGGAGAAGGAAUCGACUUCAGCAUUGGCAUUUGAUGAUGAUGAUAAGGAGGCAGAUGCGACCUUGGAGGAGCUGGUGCCGCUGGUGGGUGCCAAGAAACCACCACGACCGUUGAAGAACGGAAAGGUGUUCUCUGAGGCAGGGGAUGGUGAGAGGAGAAAUCUAUUGGAGCUGAUGGCUCGGAUUGAUGGUGUUGCUGGCCAAAGAUUUGGCAUCAGUCGGGCAAGAACAGUGCGCGGCACUAGUGAUCUUAUACAAAAGGAUGCAGUCUUGAUCCUGAGGAGGAACCAAACCGUAAGAGUGGUUGAAUCAGAGGCACUCGGUAAAGUUGAAAGGGUUUCGUGUUUAGAUGCAAGCAUCAAGCAUAAACCUGCAAAAGAAUUUCAAGAGAAACCAGAGAAAAUGCAAGACAAGGCCGAUGGAGUGCAAGAGAGAGCAGAGAAAAUCCAAGAGAAGGAAGGCAAAAUCCAAGAAAAUCCAGGGGAAAUUGGUAAAGUUGAGAAUAUCCAAGAAAAGACGGGGCAAAUCCUUGACAAAGCUGAGAAAAUCGAAGAAAAGACAGGGCAGAUCCUUGACAAAGCGGAGAAAAUCCAAGGCACGCCGGAGAAAGUCCAAGAAAAUGAAAGAAAAAUCCAAGAGCACACGGAGGUAGUCCAACACAAUGUGGAGAAGAUCCAAGACAAAGCAGAGAAGAUCCAAUGCAAGUUGAAACAAAGUUAAAAUCACACAAUUAUUCUGAGGCCAGCUUGAUGAAUUAUUGUUGGCAGUCGAUCUCAAGGACAAAGCUCAUCAAGUCAUGAGGUACCACCACCAAUCUUACUCUUCUGGUGCUGGGAUGGUAAUAUCUGAUCCAUCCAAAUAGGAUGGCCUGGCUGUGACUUGUGAUGAUUCACCAGUAAGACCUAGGAAUUCAAAUCCUAGCUAGGUGGUCCGUCAUUUGCAGCAUUACCACUGUGCCAGCAAUGUUAUCAAAGGUCACAUGGUACUGGUACUGUCAAAACUCUGAAGCCUGAACGACAACACAGUCCAGCACGUCGUGAGAUGAUGAUACAGCACUUGGGUGCUGUUAAUGCAAUCCACACUACGUGUAAGCAACUGAUGUUCAUUUUGCCGCUUCAGAUCAAAUCAUGUGGAGCUUCAAAAUGGACAUCCGUUGAAGGCAUGCAUGCCUUAGUUGAAAUAGAUUGUUGUUGUAGCUUUUGUGCAGCUUCCUUGAUUCUUUUUCCUGUGUCUGCGUACAAGAAUCAACAAGUGCCCCAUUGAUUGAUUUGUAUGUAAACAGGACGGCUGAUGAAGUGGAUGUUAAGAGGGAAAAAAAAUUAUUUUGA